AUGUCCGUGGGAAUCAUCAACGCGAAUGGGCGGUUGCGAAAGAAGGAUAUUUAUUGCAUUUCGCCGUCGGUGAUCAAUACUUGUGGUGCUAUUAAUGCGUGCUGCUUCGACAAGACGGGCACGCUCACCGAGGAUGGGCUCGAUUUUCAGACGCUACGCCCCGUCCAUCCUCCAUCCAAUUCAAGAAAACGCGCCGAAUUCGGGGAGGAGACGGCCGCGCUGGUGCCGAGCGAAAUGCCGAACAAUGCCGAAAUCAUCAAGGCUAUCGCCGCGUGCCAUUCGCUAACUAGGAUCGAUGGCGUGCUACAGGGAGAUCCGCUUGAUCUGAUAGUGUUCAACCAGACGCAUUGGACGCUCGAUGAGGGGAAUCAAAGCGCCGAAGAAGAGACGAGUCAAUUCGACCAGGUGCAACCGACCGUCCUCAGACCCCCACAAAACGACCGCGAUUUCUAUGGGGCCGACGAAUUUGCCGUCGUACGCCAGUUUACUUUCAGCUCGGCCCUGCAGCGAAUGUCGGUGAUUGUCGGAUCUCCGAACGCCGUCAGCCACCACGAAAUGACGAUUUAUUGCAAGGGCUCCCCGGAGAUGAUCCUCUCCCUUUGCGACCCGGCUACCGUACCCGCAGACUAUUUGGAUCAUGUCAACAAAUACGCGCAGCAUGGCUAUCGUCUUAUUUCGGUGGCCAGUCGACGGCUCGACCUCAACUUUGCCCAGGCGCAAAAGGUCCCACGCCAAGACGUCGAGGCGGACCUCGAACUGCUCGGACUUGUCGUGAUGGAGAACCGGGUGAAGCCCGUCACCAAGGGGGUCAUCCGGCAGUUAAAUAGCGCUCGAAUUCGCACCGUAAUGGUGACGGGGGACAAUUUGCUGACGGCAAUGAGCGUCGCCAGGGAAUGUGGAAUUAUACGAUCCGAUCGAAAGGCGUACCUCCUCGAGCAUCGCCCAGACUCCAAGACGCCCGACGGCCGGACGGUGCUUACGGUAAAGGAGAAUGUCUCUGCCGAUCCGGACGAUUUUGUUGAUUUGAGUGACGGGGCUGAGAAUGAGGUCGAAAAGAUGCUGACCUCGCGUUACCAGCUCAGCGUGGCAGGCGGCACUUUCGCAGUAAUCACCCGCGAAUACCCGGAGAUACUUGACGACCUGAUGGCUGUAUGCGACGUGUUCGCGCGUAUGGCGCCGGAACAGAAGCAAUAUCUGGUGAAUUACCUCCAGACGCUCGAGUAUACCGUGUCAAUGUGUGGUGAUGGGGCGAAAUGCAUUGUGCUGCGCUUAAGCGUUUUUCAGGUGGCCGACAUCCGGUGUGUGCCUACCGUAAUCCGAGAGGGUCGAGCCGCCCUUGUUACUUCUUUUGGCGUCUUCAAGUACAUGGCCAACUACUCAAUUGCGCAGUUCACCUCGGUGAUGUUGAUGUACUACCGGCUGACGAAUUUGACGGAUUUCCAAUUUCUCUACAUCGACCUGUUCCUAGCCACCUUCAUCGCGCUGUUCUUUGGAAAUACCGGAGCGUGCGACUACCUGGCUCGGAUACCGCCACCAACAAAAUUGCUCUCCAUCGCCUCAGUGGUCAGCGUCGUCGGCCAGAUGACUAUUUAUGCGGCAGCGCAGUUCUUCAUCUACGUGUGGGUGACGCGGCAACCGUGGUUUUUUAUGAAUAUUCUGCAAGAAGACUAUUCAGAUUCCGAUCUACGCUCACAUCAGGGAACCGCGACGUGGUGCCUCUCCUUGUUUCAAUACAUUGUCCUGGCCUUCCUGUAUAGUAAAGCGGCCCCAUAUCGGCAGACGAUUCUGAACAACAAGAUGCUCUGCUUCGCCAUCGCCCUCACCACGGCGGUUUCCCUGUACAUUACGCUGUGGCCGGCCGGAUGGGUGAUCAGCUUCCUCGAGUACGACCCGAUACCCUACUUUGAAGAUCGACUAUUCGUGGUGGUGGUUUCGGCCGCCUGCUGCGGAGUCUCCUACCUUUUCAACAAGAUUGUCAUCGAGGAUCUGAUUUUGUAUCGACUAGAAAAGUGGCGAAAAAUCCGGAAGCUGCGCGACCCGACAUCAACGAUCCCCAAAUGGGAACGCAUCAUUUUGCGAAUCGGCAAGGACGUGUCGUGGCUGGGGAAAUAUGCGGAAAUUGAGGGAAUCGCCGAAAAGCCGAAAACCAACGGAUUUCACCCCAAAUUUUCGAAUGGAAAAGUCCGGAAAAGCGAGCUGAUUGACCAGAUUGACGAAUUUACGCCUUUA